AUCUGACUGCGCACGUUUCUACCGGUGUUUGAAUUCAAUUUGGAAUAAGUCCGAACAACAAACAUGGAAUUACUUAAAUUUUGUGCAGUAUGUGUAAUUUUGGCAUUACCUCAAUUUGGGUCUUCACAAGCCAAACGCAUCGAUUUAGUUGCCGGCGACAGCUACUUGCUGUCGUGUGAUCCCAAUGUGAAUGUUUCACAACUUUUAAUGGGAACUGCACAUUUACUCAUGAGGCAGCCGGAAAAUGUGACGGUGUUUAAAAAUAAUAAUCUUGAAUUAAAAGACCAGUAUCCAAGCUCAUCAUAUUCAAUGAAAUUGAGUGUAGAAGGGAGGAAAACAAUUUUCCAGUUCAAUUUCACAAAUCUAAUAACUAGUGAUAGUGGCUUGUGGCAGUGUGUCCGUGACCAUCUAGGAAACCGGACGAUCGUUAAAAAUACAACGUUAAGUGUCUUCCCUGCCGAAGAUGUCGGCGAAGUGGAAUUGACCUUAACCAAGGUUGGGGGUGGCAAGGAAAUGAAACUGGUCCAUGAAGCUGGAAGUUCAGAAUCAACAACAAGUACAGCCAGAUUGCUGAGUGGAGCAUACACCAUAACGUGUAAUGCUGCAGGUGGUUACCCUAAACCUGUGUACACAUUGUUUAGGAAUGGUGAUAGAAUAAGUAAUGAAACCAGCGCAACACUCAAUCUGACGACAGCUGACACAAACAUUGGCUGCAAUGUGAUGGUCAAUCGCAAAGAAUUCAAGGAGCACUCCGUAUACUUCAACCUUGAUGUUGUGGACGUUGUCCCUGAAAUCAACUGUGAAACAACACGUGCACGUCGCAAUGAUGGCAAGGCUGUGAUGAACUGCACUGUAGUAGCAGCUGAUGUGACCUGCAAGAAAGUGAUGUGGAAGUCUGGAACCACCAAUCGGGAAUUUGAGCAUGGAGGAAAUAAAGUCGCAGGAUAUGAACUCUCCUGUAUGAGUAAUGGAAAAAACAGUGUUUGGAGUUCAUUGGCAGUAAGGAAAGUGGAGGAUCGGCACUUUGAAGACACUUUCUUCAUUAGAGUCAAGGAUGCCAAAUUGGGUGACAUCCAGAAAGAACAGAGUGUCAAGAUCAUUCGAAAGCCUGGGGCAUUGAAUGGGUCAGUGCAAAUGACACCGGUGGGAUCUUUGGCACUUGUUACUGUGUUGACUCUUCUGAAAAUGGUUCUUUAAAAAAAAGAUCUGAGUUGUAAAUGUAUGGAAAGACCUUGAUCAACAGAAAUCACAUUAUGUUCUGGUUGUCAAACAAGAAACUGGAUUGUAGGAAUGUGAUGUCAAAAGGUUUUAGUUGAAAUGAACAGAUAUUAAAAAUCAACAUGGGCAUCAAAGAUCAAAGUGAGCAAUUUAAAAGAAAACCAUGUUGAAGUGACAUGUAGUGCCAGUAAGUAUUCAUGCAAAGGGUAAGAUGAAGCAUUUAAGCAUCUAGUGGGUUAAGAAUGUAACACUACACACUAUUCUUGUACCAUCUGAGGUCUUUGUUUAGAAAACCUCCUUUAAGAAGUGACAAGCUAGGUACACUUGAUGUGCAAUGGAGGCAGUGUGAACUUCUGUACAAGGGGAGGUAACAAGAUAUAUAAAGACUGGUCAUGAUGGACCUUAAGAUACAAGGGGAGGUAACACAUAUAUUAGGACUGGUUAUGCGGAACAAUUGUAUUAUGUAGUAGUGUUUCUAAUCUGAUCUCCAUGAUUCAGGCCCCAGGAAAAUUUAGUCCCUGAAAUUUUUCUGAUUAAUUUUCGUUGAAUUCGAUGACAUCUUAUAGAAGAUAUUUCAAGGUAGUAGAAAGGAUGGAUAUAGAUUAAUUUUACAAAGAUCCAACUUAGGAGGCAGACAAAUUAAAAUAGAAAUCCAUUUUUCUUUAUGAAGCAUCCUCAGAACAGAACAUUUUUGAAAAGUAGAUGUAGAUUCAUGUCGUCAUAAUUAUAUGCAUAUAUAUUGUCAUCCUGAAAAUAUUGUGUGAAAAAAGACUGACUAGUGUUUGAUAAGUAUUCAAAUUAUUUUUGUUGUGCAUUAUAUUCAACCAAUUAAGUGCACUGUUCUGUAUGUUUACAAACACACUUAAAGGUGUGUAUUUAUGGAGAAAAAUACAUUUCAAAUGAGUUGAGCCAUGAAUCUUUGGUUGGAGAAAGAGGGUGGGGGGAUUUAAAUAUGUAAAUAUCAGCCAUACUGCUUGUAUAGUGAUUUGGAAUAUUGGAGGCAAAUGGUUGAAUGGUCAGAUAUUGCAUUUGUUGGUCAAAGAAGUAAAAAUAAAACAACAUAUCGCUGUGCUUGAAUUAAGCAAAUUUAUCCUUUACUGAAAGAGAAAGUGAAGUUUAGCUUUUCUUGGCAAGUGCACUUAAUAGGUAGAAUAUGGUAUCAAAUAAGGCCAUGAACUUAAUCAAAAUUAAUGGAAUGUUUCAAAUCUUCAUAUUUUUACCAUUGUUAAUGAAAUUUUAAUUAGUUUUUAGAAACAACACAUAAGAUGUAUAAUUGUAACAAACUUAUCUUGGUUAAAUUUAUGCUUUACUCUUCACGAGACCACUGUUAAAAUUAUUAAGUACUGAAAAUAACAUACUUUCAAUCUAAUAUACACAUUGUAGCUUGCACAUAAUUUUGAUAUGACUGGAAGACAAUGCUGUUUAGAGUCUUUUGAUGCUCAAGUACGGUGACUUAAACACGUUUGUUGUAAAUGACUGUAUAUGUGUACUUUAUGUUAAAUAUUAAUGAUCACAUUUUUGUAGUCCCGGAUCUUAGUUGGUAUAAUCCAGCCUGUUUGUAUAGUGUGGGAAUUAACCUGUAUCAUGUCAUCCCAUGGAUUGCAAAGCUGUAAUAUUUAAUUUAAUGAAUGAUGUGUUAUGUAAGUGUGUAUGAUGUAAUAACGUAUUCUACAAAUGUUCAAUUACUAGGGGAUUUAGCUUAAUCUUUAUAACACAUGACCGACAAUGCACAUCAAAGUCAUUCAUUUCAGCUGACCCCGUUUUUGUUCCACACUACAGCUGUUCUUGUAUAAUGUUAAGAUAAUGUAAGUGAGGAGAUAGUUUGUGUUGGAACUUACAGAAUUACUUAUCACAUUUCGGUAGGAAUAUCCAUCACAAGCACUUCAAAGAUCUAAUUGUAUAAUAUAAGGAAUUUGAAACCUAAUAUAAGAAAUUUAGUAAUUAAAAAAAAUUUAAGAAAUCAAAAAGAAAAGAAGAAAAAAACCAAAAGAAUUAUGUGAAACAAAACUUGUAAUUGUAGUGUGAAAUACUGUUGGAUUAACAUUUCAGUCAUAUGUUUAUAUCUUUUAUUGGAUUAAGGUCGCAGACAGUAGACAUCUUUAGAAAUGUGCCAUAAUUGUAUAAAAUGCUUGUGAUGAAAUGAAAACAUGUGAAGAUCAAAAUUUCUCUCAUUUUGAGUUAGGAGUACUACAAUUAGCAUGUGUUACUUGUUGCCUAGGCUAGAAGUUAAACUAGAUUAGGGUUAAGUAGGGCAAAUGUAGGUUAACUCUGAGCUAGUGAAAACGUAUAUAUGGAUGUUUGCUGUGCCUUAUAGGGAAGACAACUUAAGUAAAUAUAGAAAGAAAUGCCUUAAGUUUUCUUUGCUUAAAAGGAUUGGUAAGAUAUGGUUUUUAUUUACAGUAUUGUUUAGCGAAAAAAUCUUUUAAAAACAAACAAUUUUCAUUUGUUAGAAAAAAUUUAUCAAGUUUAUGCAGAAAAAUGGGGGCAUAUAUAUGGUGUAUAACAUAUAUUUAGUUUUUAAGCAAAGGAAUUAUUUUUAUCAUUGCCAAGUGCUUCUCAACAUUUCAUUCCAUGGAUUAGAUUUACUACAUUAUUUUUUUUUAGAACUAAACUUUUGUUUAUUAAAAGUAACUAUGUUUUUGUUGUCAUGGUUAUAAAUUAGGCCCCCAUCAUUUCACAUAAGCUUAGAAGUAAGGACAGGAUCAGUGUUGUAUGUUUGUAUACAUCUACAUGGAUGACAGUGCAUUUUACCAUGUCAUGACAAUAAAGAGAACAACUGUACAGACUUGAUAUUAACAGAAAUAUGUCUGACUAAAUGGAGAGAUCUUCCAAUGAAGCAGGAUGAUUGUUACGUAAAGAACAACUGUACAGACUUGAUAUUAACAGAAAUAUGUCUGACUAAAUGGAGAGAUCUUCCAAUGGAGAAGGGUGUUUUGUAAAGAACAUCUGUACAGACUUGAUAUUAACAGAAAUAUGCCUGACUAAACAGAUCUUUCGAUGGAGCAGUAUGUUGUAUAGAGAAAGGUACAGACUUGUCAUUAACAGAAAUAUUCCUGACUAACAGAUCUUUCGAUGGAGCAGUAUGUUUGUUACAGUGUUGUAUGUAUAUUUGCUUUGUUUCCAUGUAGUAUAGGUGUUUUAUUUAGCAGUUUUUUCCCAAAUGUAAAUAACACAAAUGUGGUUUUAAAUAGGUGUAUAGUGACCUGUACAUUUAACAUUCAUCAUUCAGACUUAUCAAUAGACUUAUCAUCACAUUGCAAUGAGAAACAUUUUACCUUUUAUAUCAUGCUUCAUUAUUAUCAUAAAUACAUUCAUUGUCAUCAUUGUCCGUGUUUCUCAUUACAUAUAUAAGUGUUGUCGGCAAGCAUUAAUCAAUAUCCAUGGUAACCUCAGGACUGGAUGUGUUCCUGCAGUUGCAUCAAUGUUUAUUUAGCUAUAACAACUGAUAUUUUGUUUUAAGAUUUUCCCAAACAUGUUCUUGCACUUUAUAUCAAAUUUAAUAUUUCAGUCUGAAAACACAAGGAAUUUUAAUUUUGAUCUAAAUUCAGCCGUUGCUGUUAAUCUUCCUGAAACAUCCUUAAUGAUGAAAAUGAUAAUGAUAAAAAUGAAAAAUUGAAAAGAAAAAAAUAACCAUUGAAAUAAAAAAAAGAGUUGUAAGAGUUUGGGUAAUACAAGAUUGUUUUUAGUUUUUUUAAAUGUGAUACAAUAAGUCAAAUAACAGAAAGACAACAACCAUUAACUAAUAUGUAUAAACUAUAUAAGGGAACAGACAUAGUGAGAUGGAAUCGCCCCUAGAUAGAUCUAUAUAUACACUUAUAACAUACAUGUUGUUUAAAGUACCUUUCAUCUGGAGGAUCAGGUUUCAUUCGUCUAGUCAUCAGAAAUUAUAUAGUAUAUAUACAGUAUAACCCAGAAAGCCGUAAACAAUAAUUAACCCUGCCUGUAAAUAUAUAAUAGAAACAAUAGAAAGUAUUGUAAAACUAUAUACCAACACAUUUAGUUUAACAAGUACAUUGUUAAAUUGGGCGGUUCUAUCUUUCUGACAUGUCCUGCUCUAUAACACAGGGGUUUGGCAGGGAUUGUCGACCCAUUGCCCAUAUAUACAUAUGUUUUAUAGAUACAUAGAUAUAAAGGUGGGUCUGGAGUUCAUGCCAAAUCCCUGUGCUCUAUAAUAUCAAUAACACACAAGUAAAACAAUGUUUGUCUGCAGCACAUAUUAACUAAUUGUGCAAUACCAAAUAACUGUUUAAAGAAGGCCAGGAACAAAAUGACGUAUUUAACAGUAUUGGUGUUUUUAAACAACAAUUUACCUUAUAGCAAGUAUGUUUGUGUAUAUCUGUUUUUGUCUUGAUUGCUCCACAGCUUCAUUACUCAUUUGUGAAACACCAAAUUGCAGAAAUGGAGCACACAUUGAGUAAGUAAUGAUAUUUCAAAUUGCAAUAUUCAACAUCUUUUAAAAAGAUGGUAGACAGAAUGAGCAACUUACUUGCUGCAAGGUGUUUUAACAGCAGAAGUAUGCCCUCUUGUUAACCUGUAUUGUGAUGUUUUUAGUAAAACUGGAGUUUGAUCUGUUACUCAAUUCUGGAAAAGUCAUGUCUUUGUUUAGUUCUGAAUGUUGAAUUUUAUUGUUAUUUGAUUCCAUGCUUUGAUUUGUAAGAAAUCAGAAUAAACAAUCACGAAUUCA